UAAAGUGCUUAAAAGAUGACGUAUAGUUUUGGGUUAUUUCCAUUACAGAAAUAUUAUUCAUACUUAUUCACUUAAAAAAUAAUUUUCCUGUGGGAUGUUAAGUUACGUGUAAACGUUAAAUAUGGAAAAAAUUAGUUCCUGUUUUUAAAUUGGAGCAGAAAUACCGAAACUACUUUAUUUCGCUACUUUAUAUGGUUAUAGCAUUCUUCACAAGCAGAACAAUAGGAUGCAUUGGAAUUCGAAGUGUGUGAAAAUGGCGAGUGUGUCAAGUGUUGUCAGAGUGUUAAGUGCAUUUCUAAUUAUCCAAAGCAUCAGUUUACAUGGGGAAGCUGCAGGUGCCAAGAGAUCCAAGACGCCCAGUGGCUUGUAUGUCGACGACGGGAAGGGUCACACAGUGCUCACACAAAAAUUUAGCAAAAAAGAUGUGCGAGAGAUAUCGUACGAUAUUUUGAACAUUAUGGGCUUCAACCAUAUACCGCACCCACACCUCGUGGAUAAAGCAUCUCCAGCGUAUCAGUUUCUUCUAGAGGUUUAUAACUCGAUGGGAAACGAGGUGGAUGUGGAUUUAAGUAAUGGAGAACAUGGUAGACGGCAAAAUUGGAGAGGAUCAUCACACGUGAAAAAUCUGGGCUGGAGUGAAUUUAACGUUCACCAAACCGAUGUGGACGCAAUCAAACGAGCCAAUGCCAUCAUCAGCUUCGUUAACAGAGGACACAGGUUUUCCGACAAACUGAAGCAACUUGCCGAAGAUAAACAAUUCUGGUUUGAUGUCUCCGAAGUUUCCGAUUUGGACUUGGUUUUAGGAGCAGAACUUCGUAUCUGGAAAAGGACUCUGGUGGGCAAGAAUGAUCCCCCAAAUGACGUCAACACUGACCCAACAAGUGAAAUCUUUCGAGUGUCUGUCCACCAAGUGUCGCCUGGGGCAGAUGACAGGUCGUUUGAAUUGACAGAGUUGGAUGAAAUAAUUACUGCAAAAUGGGAGCAAGGUUGGCUGCGUUUCAACGUAACUGCAGCAUUCCGUAAAUGGAUACAUCGACCUUCCGACAACUUAGGUUUAGUCAUCUCAACGAAAAAUUUCAUUGAAGGUACACAAGAUGAAGCUCAUUUAUUGUCACAUUAUUCAUUUAUUCACAAUAUUAGACCUAAGAAUAGAAUAACGCACAAAAUAGCAGUCCUGCAUAUAAAUGAUCAUUGCUGUGCAAUGUGCAUGGUCCAUUUUUGAGUUAGGGUCCAACCCCAUCAAUGUCUAUUAGUUGGAUGAAAACGUAGUGACCCUCGCUCCGACCAAGGGCAGAGAUUCACCACAAAGUUGUCACCAAGCUGACCAGAUACAUGUAGGUCACCGAUAUGCAGUAACCCACUUACUUCCCACUGUUUAUCCAACUUUCCCCGAUUUUCUCCUCCGCCAAUUAAACCAUGCCUUUGUAGCAUGACCAGCGUGUUUAUACUAAAACUUUCUCUUUGCUUCUUCUAUUCCCAUCCUAUCCACUUACUUACCUAAGAUGCCUGCCCUUAAGUGCUUGCGACACUGUUUGACAUCCUCCUCCCAGCGUCAGUGCUAAGUUCGGGUUCAAGUAAUAUGCAUGCACAUAUAUGUUUGAGUGAGAUGGUUACGAGUGGCAAUCCGAUCCGACAAAAUCCGAUCCGAUCCGAAAUCCGCGGAUUAGGAUCGGAUCGGAUUGCAUGGUUAAUCCGAUCGGAUCAAUCCGAAGCUAGUCAUCGGAUUUCGGAUUGGAUUUCGGAUUGCCGAUUUUAAUUUCACAUUCCCCCAAAAGUCGCACACUAGUUGUGCCGCAGCACUAGUAUGCACAUAAUAACAAUAAUAGCAACAUAAAA